GAUCUUAUCGUUCUGGACGAAGAUCGUUUAUUGGCCGUCACCCGUCGAAUUUUCUGACGUCUUGAUUGUGACGCAAUAUUGACUAAGUAUAUAAGAUCCGCUCUGGAACCCAUCGCUCUGUUGACUGCAAACCAGUGGCUGCUUCUGCUAAAUCCGUCCUAUAUAGGCUCGGCCAUUAAUUAAGAUUCACAUCUUCUUUGACAACCGUCCUUAAAUCGCUCUGUUUGGUUUUCCGUGCGUGCUGAAGUCGACAUUAACUAUAUGGCUAACGCGCUCGAAUCGCACAAAAAAGAGGUGGAUGAAGUCCAGACGGAUCCUGAGGAGUUUCAAUCUCAGUCCUCCGAGACCGACGACGAAUCUUCGACCGAUCACGAGAAAUCGCAGGAAUCGCAGCCUAAGGAACGACCCCCGAACAACCGACCGCCCGCAUCCCGACAGGCUACUGCGCGGACCCAACGAACUGGGGAGCCCAGAGACGAUGUCUCUCGCUCCAAAACCCAGGGAAGUCAGCCCCCCGGCGGGUUCUCUUUAGCGGGAUCGAAUGCCUUCUGGGGCGCGCCGCCUUCGUACGGCCCCUAUAUCCAUCCGGAAUAUCACUCUUACAACCCUCAUUACGGCAACUCGGAACCCGGUAAACCGGUCUGGAGUCUUGCCCAACCACUACCCCAUGUGGUCCGCGAUGGUAUGCGCUACGGUGCCUUACCAGAGGAUCGAAAGGAAGAAGAGCAGGAAGACGGACGAUCACGCCCUCCCCCGGCGGCUGAGGAACCGCCGACCGGAAUUCCUCAGACCGAGGAGGCAAAGGAGAAUGGUGAAGAGCUGGAGCCUGAUGGGUUCUUCAAUAUAUGGUCCAAAGUCCGCUUCUAUGCGAAAGAGCCGUUUGCGGAGUGGCUAGGAACGAGUGUGGCUAUCACCCUUGGUCUGUGUGCCGGCUUGUCACACUACACAUCGCAAGGACAGGCUGGAACCUAUGCGUCACAGUGCGCUGCUUGGGGCUUCAGUUUCAUGAUCGGUAUCUACAUUGCUGGUGGUGUCUCCGGUGCCCAUCUUAACCCGGCAAUCACCAUCUCACUGUCCGUGUGGCGUGGCUUUCCAGCAAGGAAGUGCACACUCUACGUCCUCGCCCAGGUUCUCGGGGCCAUCACGGCAGGCGGCCUUGCGUAUGCUAUAUAUCACGACGCGAUCGUCGACCUUUCUGUCAAGUCUCAAGUUAUACAGAGUAAAACUACCGCCAGUCAAGCCCUCCUGACCGGCCCCAAGGACUUUGUGACUCCGGUAACCGCAUUCUUCGACGAGUUUCUCGGCAGCGCAAUCCUGGUCGGCAUUAUCUUGGCGCUGGGCGAUGAUGCCAACGCACCGCCCGGUGCGGGUAUGCAGGCUUUCAUUAUUGGAAUUGUGAUUACGGUGCUGCUGCUGGCUUUGGGAUAUAACACAGGCGGAUGCUUCAACGCGCCCCGUGACUUCGGACCACGACUGACCGUCCUGAUGGCUGGUUGGGGCGGCCAAGUAUUCAUGGAGAAAAACGUCUGGUGGGUUUGGGGCCCGUGGAUAGCUGAUAUCUUCGGAGGACUCUUCGGUGCAAUGGUCUACGAUCUCGCAAUUUUCACCGGAGGCGAGAGUCCCGUCAACUAUCCACCUCGCCGGCGGAAGCGCGCGUUGCUUAUCAAGGAGAAGAAUCUGAGAGACAAGCUGCAUAUCGGGCGGCACAAAAUCAAGGAUCUGGAGAAGGCUGUGGAAGAGAAUCAGGACUGAGCAUAUGCGACAAGCAUCUCCUUCACAUUUAUAUCGAUUUUGGAUUGAUGAUUCUAAUGGGUCUAGAGCAUAUACACGAGCGCUGGCGUUGUUGGUGUCAUUUUGCUUUUCUUUAUC